AUGCACCACACAUCAUUGAUGGGGGUCUUGAUGAUGUUGGGCUAUGUGGUCGUCGAUUCCUUCACCAGCAAUUUUGAGGAUUCCAUCUACCAGAGAUUAGACUUGACACCAGGGCACAUGCUGCUGGGCAUGGAGACCUUCUCAGCGGCCUUGGCCUGGGUGUGGGCUGCCAUAAUGGGGGAGGUCUCGAGCGGAUUCCAGUUCGUGAUAGCAACCCCUGGCGUGUUGCUCUUCCUGUCGAUCUUUGCUCUGACGUCUGCGGUGGGUUCGUUGGCCUGUGUGUUGACCGUGAGACUGUUUGGGCCAGCAGUGUUCACUUUGAUCAUGACCUCCAGAGCCAUUUUGAGCCUGCUGAUUUCUGUGAUGUGCUUUCAGCACGGUGUGGAUUCCGUCGACUGCAUUUCUUUGGUGGCAGUCUCCAUCAUCACCCUGAUGUCCUCGGCCCGCCGUGUUUCCGCUCAGAUGCGGCAAUUUCAAUGA